AAAGUCUCGACUCUUCACACGCUUAUCUCGUCGCCUAUCGGUUCCCGAUCCAGUCGCCUACGCUCAACCAACAUCGACUGCUCCUGCCAAGGACAGCAAGAUGCGAAACCUGCUCGUUCUGCUCGCCUUGUGGUCUCUCUCACGCAGAGCAACGGCCAGCAAGGACACACUCAACUGCACAACAACUGAAAAUAUCCCCACAAACACAGUAGUAUGCGACGCCUAUGGUCUGCUAUCCAACCACUCUGCUGCACCGGAUUGCAGCAAGCUCGCCUGCUCGUUUGCACUCUCCAACAUCGGAUUCGACUCGAAUCCCGAUUUUGACAUCGACGCCAAGGGUGUCAUUAGCACAAAACGCUUGCUGGACAGAGAGGCAUUACUGAGCGCUGACAACCCUGCUGUUGUUCAUCUCCUCAUCGAGAUCAGCCACGCCAAUGGCAUCGAUUACAAAUCGUUCGACGUGCUUGUUUACGACGAGAACGACGUGACUCCUACGUUUUCGUCGCCCGAGGAAAGAGUCGAGUUCAAGGAGGACACGCCCAAGGGGAUCCGGCGCUUCAUACAGAGAGCAGUUGACAACGAUGCCGGACAGAAUGGUAAAGUAUCGUAUGAGAUAGUGGACGGGAAUGAAGGUAAUGCGUUCACGUUGGUUGUGGAUACGUCGGGGCUCGUGUAUUUGACGCCGGCGAUGAGUUUGGAUCGUGAAACGCUCGAUCAUUAUGUUCUCAAUAUUUCUGCGAGAGAUGGCGGGCGCCCGCCUCGCUCGGCGUACCAUCUAGUCAAUGUGACGAUUACCGACGCGAAUGAUAACGAUCCGGUGUUCUUGCGGAAGGAUUUCGAUGAGUCGCUCAAAGAGAACAGUCCGGCCAAUCAGGUUUUGUUCCAGGCUUCUGCUAUUGAUGCCGAUCUUGGUCCUCGUGGUCACAUCACCUAUUUUCUACAGUCUGAGUUCCGUGGUGUGGAGAAACAGUUUAGUAUUGAUCCUGUGUCUGGUAUUAUUCGUACAACCGCCUUGUCUUUUGACUACGAACAAAUGGAUAGAUCAGAGUAUAUUUUCUGGCUGUUUGCUAAAGACAAUGGAUCGAGUGGGGAGCAGCCGAGAACAAGUGAAGUCGAAGUAACAGUGAAUAUCAUCGAUGUGAACGACGAACCUCCUGAAAUUAAAGUCAGUUUUCAUUUCCGACAUCGAUCAGAUGACAGUGAACAUCAUCAUUCACUCUGGGAGGAUGAUAGGGUCGGCACGUUGCUAGCCGAUGUAACUCUUAAAGACCCAGACAGACUACGAGGCCAGAAGACGCAUGUUACUGCUAAACUAGAGAACAGCGAUGGUUACUUUAUAUACGACCAGUCGAUUGGGGCACUAAAGUUAGGAAAGUCUUUGGAUCAUGAGACAAGAAAUACGUUUGUCAUGAAACUGGUUGCAUCGGACAACGAUCAACCUCCUCUUACAUCUGAGUAUGUCUUGAAUAUCACAGUACUGGAUAGGAACGAUAAUCCUCCAAUAUUUGAUGAGUCACAAUAUACUGGAGAAUCAGUUGAGAAUGACAAUGUAGGCAAGAAAGUAGUGAGAGUACAUGCGAGUGAUCGCGAUUCAGGUGACAACGCUCUGGUCUUCUAUAGCAUAGUGAGUGGAUCAGAUUCAGAUUGGUUUAUUAUCAACCGCACGACGGGAUGGAUAAAAGUGGCGAGUAAAUCUGACAGAGAAACGAGAGAAAACGUGAUGCUUCGUAUUGAAGCCAGUAAUAGAGGAGUUCCAAGAAUGGUAAGCCAUGUGAAUGUCACCAUCCGGAUUAAAGAUGAUAAUGACAUGACGCCAACCUUUCAGUCUACAAGCUACGUAUUUAGCUUGGAUGAGAAUCGUCCACCAGAAACCUCAGUUGGUCAAGUCAACGCAACUGAUGCAGACAUCGGGCAAAACAGCAUUGUUCAAUACGAAAUGAGUAGUGACAAUGUAUAUUUUAGUGUUGAAAGGAAGUCGGGCAUAAUACGAAAUGUAAGACCUCUUGAUUAUGAGCGGAUGACGGAACAUAGUUUUGAAGUUGUAGCUUAUGAUGGAGGUGUAAUACCUCGGUCGUCGUUAGUCACUGUCACUGUGAAUGUGAAUGAUCGUAAUGACAACAAGCCGAUAUUUCAGCACAAGAGCCCAUUGUAUGUGUCAAUUUCUCAACUCGACGACGACAGCAAGAUUCUGGUGACAAUGGAAGCCACAGAUCGUGACACAGAAGACGGAGGUAGAGUGACAUACUCUAUGCUUCCACUGAGCUCAUCGGAAUAUAAGGAUCUGUUUAACAUCGGCAAAGACACUGGCGUUGUUAGAGUUCUUCAUCCUCUGUUUUAUGUCGAACCAAACAACUACAGCUAUGUUAUCAGGGCUACAGACAAUGGGGCAGAGAUUAGACGGACUAGUGAAAUAAAACUUAUUAUUGGAGUCUUUCCUCCUGGUGGACCAAAAGAUCCUCAGGUUGAAAGCACACAAUCUAGUAAGACAGAUGGUGGCAGUGAUAAUGGCAUUACGACAAUUGUUAUUGUUCUGAGCGCUGUAUUGGUUGUGAUGUUGGUGAUUCUUAUUGCAUUCGUCAUCCUCGUGUUACGUUCUCAAAAUCGUAGUAUAUGUUUAUGUCCAACAUUUGGCAGCGAAGAAGAAGGAAUACCGGAUCUGAAGGCAGCUCGGCGAUCAAGCUCACGAGUUAAAUUUGCUGUUGAGGAUGAUGUGAGGGAAUACCCAAUUCAAUUCGAAUAUGAUGACAAAGAUCCACCAAGUGAACGAGUUGAUCCUGAUGGAGAGAACUCACCAGAUAAAGAAGAGGGUCUAGAGAUUCAUAUGAACUCCAUGACAACAGUGGUGGAUGUAAACUCUGGUCGAUCAAGAAAACCUUUACAAGCCUCUGAUGAACAAGAACUACAGCGUGAAGCUGACGAAGACUCAGAGACUGAGUCGACAGAUAGUGGACAUCACACAGCAGACAGUGCAUCUACACCAAUGUCUCUACUUCCUCCGUCUGCAACUGGUAGCAAGAUGUCUCGACUGUAUGAGAAAGGAGAAUAUGCUAGUGACGUGUAGCAGACAUUACCUCCUAUGGAGUUGUUCUACUCUGAUGAAGUAGUGUAGAAAACAAACCAGCUCUAGCAGAUUAGAAUAGCUUUCUAGUUUGCUUUGUAGCUAUGCCACAUCCCUAACAAUACCCAAAAACUGUUACGUAGUAUUGUAGUAAUACCCAGACAACAGUAAUAUUUUUAGAUAGGUUUACAGCCAUGGACAAAAACACAGAAGACAAGACAGAUUGAGUAGCAUAGUAAUUGCUAUCACCGAGUAAGUAGUAUUUUUGUAGAUAUGAGGCUGUCAUAAUCGACUAUAAUAAUCAAUAACAAGUCAUUAUGAUGUA